CGAGAAAAGAAAGGCUCUUCAUGAGAAAAUGACAGCGAGAGAACACAGUCCCCGCCAUGGUGCAAAAUCCCGCACCAUGCAACGGGCCUCCACCAUUGAUGUCACCUCUGACAUGCUUGGCCUGUCUCUAACAGGAAACAUUCAGGACCCAGAUGAGCCGAUUUUAGAGUUCAGUUUAGCUUGCAGUGAGCUGCUAACUCCAUCGCUAGAUCGAAAACCAAAUAGUUUUGUAGCAGUGAGUGUAACUACACCUCCCCAGGCAUUCUGGACGAAGCAUGCACAGACAGAAAUUAUUGAGGGAACAAGUAAUCCUAUCUUUCUAAGCAGCAUUGCCUUUUUCCAAGACUCUCUUAUCAAUCAAAUGACACAAAUCAAACUCUCCGUGUACGAUGUCAAAGAUAGAUCUCAGGGAACAAUGUAUUUAUUGGGUUCUGGGACGUUCACUGUAAAAGAUCUUCUUCAGGAGAAGUAUCACAGAUUGCACAUAACACUAAGGUCGGCUGAAAGUGACCGUGUAGGUAACAUCACAGUUAUUGGAUGGCAAAUGGAGGAAAAAUCUGACCAAAGGCCUCCAGUGACAAGAUCACCUGAUACAAUUAAUGGAAGGACCGUUUUGCCAGUUGAUGAAAGUUUAACAGAAUCUUUAGGAAUCAGAUCCAAAUAUGCUUCACUAAGGAAAGAUGCACUACUGAAAUCUGUGUUUGGUGGUGCCAUUUGCCGAAUGUAUCGUUUCCCAACCACUGAUGGAAAUCACUUAAGAAUCUUGGAGCAGAUGGCUGAGAGCAUCCUGUCACUGCACAUCCCUAGACAAUUUGUGAAGCUGCUUCUAGAAGAAGAUGCAGCAAGGGUUUGUGAACUAGAGGAAUUAGGAGAACUGUCUCCGUGUUGGGAAAGCCUUCGCCGACAAAUAGUUACUCAAUACCAAACAAUUAUUUUAACUUAUCAGGAAAAUCUAACUGACCUGCACCAGUAUAAAGGUCCUUCAUUUAAAGCCAGUAGCUUGAAAGCUGAUAAAAAAUUGGAAUUUGUUCCUACGAAUUUACAUAUACAGAGAAUGAGAGUCCAGGAUGAUGGAGGAUCAGAUCAGAACUACGACAUAGUCACCAUAGGAGCACCAGCAGCUCAUUGUCAAGGCUUUAAAUCGGGUGGCUUGCGGAAAAAGCUGCAUAAAUUUGAAGAGGCAAAGAAACAUUAUGAGGAGUGUUGCACUUCAACAAGUUCCCAGUCUAUAAUAUACAUCCCACAGGACAUUGUUAGAGCAAAGGAAAUUAUUGCACAAAUCAACACCCUGAAAACGCAAGUCAGUUACUAUGCAGAAAGGCUGUCGAGAGCUGCCAAGGAUAGAUCAGCUAAUGGCCUUGAAAGAACACUUGCUAUCCUGGCAGACAAGACCCGGCAACUUGUCACAGUCUGUGACUGCAAGCUGUUGGCAAAUUCAAUACAUGGACUGAAUGCUGCAAGGCCAGACUAUAUAGCUUCAAAAGCAUCUCCAACCUCUGGAGAAGGGGAACAAGUCAUGCUGAGAAAUGAUCAAGAUACACUUGUGGCCAGAUGGACAGGAAGAAACAGCCGAUCUUCUCUGCAGGUGGAUUGGCAUGAAGAGGAAUGGGAGAAAGUUUGGUUGAAUGUCGACAAAAGUCUAGAGUGCAUUAUACAGAGAGUGGACAAACUUCUCCAGAAGGAGCGCUUGCAAAGUGACAGCUGUGAAGAUGUUUUCCAGUGUGACGUCAGCAGUACUAGUAAGAAAGGUAAUCGGGACACUCGUGCCUACUGGAUAAAUCCAGAAGAUUUAAAUGAGACCUCAUCAUCCUCACCACCUUCAUCAUCCUCACCACCAUCUUCAUCCACACCAUCCUGUGCAUGCCAUUCCCUCAGAAAGACAAAUUGCAGCCCCACUCCGGAAGAAUCUGGCCCAGGUGAAUGGAGUGAAGCUCUUUAUCCUUUGCUGACCACACUCACCGAUUGUGUAGCCAUGAUGAGUGACAAGGCAAAGAAAGCCAUGGUCUUUUUAUUAAUGCAGGACAGUGCCCCGACAAUAGGGCUCUGCCUGAGCCUUCAGUAUCGCAGGGAUGUUGUCUUCUGCCAAACUCUGACAGCUCUCAUUUGCGGUUUCAUUAUCAAGCUGAGGAACUGCCUGCAUGACGAUGGAUUUCUAAGACAACUCUACACCAUUGGCUUGCUGGCACAGUUUGAGAGCCUGCUGAGCACUUACGGUGAGGAGCUGGCAAUGCUGGAGGACAUGAGUUUGGGAAUCAUGGACUUGAGGAAUGUAACCUUUAAAGUAACUCAGGCUACAUCAAAUACAUCUACUGACAUGCUGCCAGUCAUCACUGGGAAUCGUGAUGGAUUUAAUGUGAGGAUCCCUCUGCCAAGCGCCUUGUUCGAUUUGUUGCCGCGAGAGAUUCAAAGUGGCAUGUUACUGAGGGUUCAGCCUGUUCUUUUCAAUGUGGGAAUCAAUGAGCAGCAAACCUUAGCAGAGAAAUUUGGAGACACCUCACUGCAAGAAAUAAUUAACAUGGAAAGCUUAGUGCGUUUGAAUUCGUACUUUGAGCAGUUCAAGGAAGUUUUGCCUGAUGAUUGUCUACCUCGAUCUCGUAGUCAGACGUGCCUGCCUGAACUGUUAAGAUUUCUGGGACAAAAUGUACAUGCAAGGAAAAACAAGAAUGUUGAUAUCCUUUGGCAAGCUGCUGAGAUAUGCCGCAGACUAAAUGGUGUUCGAUUUACAAGCUGUAAAAGUGCCAAGGAUAGGACUGCCAUGUCGGUCACCCUGGAGCAGUGUUUGAUCCUACAGCAUGAACAUGGAAUGGCUCCACAGGUUUUUACCCAGGCUCUGGAGUGUAUGAGGAGUGAGGGUUGUCGCCGAGAAAAUACAAUGAAGAAUGUUGGAUGUCGCAAGUAUGCAUUUAAUUCCCUGCAACUGAAGGCUUUCCCAAAGUAUUACAGGCCUCCAGAAGGAACUUAUGGAAAAGUUGAAACAUAAACAUACCAUGUCCUUUAAUUGCUGUUCCAUUAAAACAUGUGGAUACACUCUAGACUAAUACAUGAGUUUGUCAUCCAGAAGAGAUGAAUAACCUUUUUGUACGUUUUGCUAGGUUAUACAGAGCAUGUUACUUACAGAAUUGGAAUCUAUAGUAACAAUUAUUCCAACACCUUAGCUUGAGAAUAGUGUGAUGACUCUCUGCCCGUUUAAAUAGCCUUCAGUGUAUGUCAGAUGAGCAGAUAUUGUGAUAUUUAAUAAUUACCUAUAUGCAAAUAGCUAGGUACCUCCUGGAUGGGAAAGGACUCUAGGAACGGCAUUUAGGCAGCUGUUUCACAUAACAUCUUUUUAUACUGAGUUGACUUGAGAUUGAGCUUUUCAUAAACUUUUUAAAACUGAGAAUAAAACUCAGAAGUUGUAAAUAAAAAGGGAUUGGAUCCUAGACAGUCUCGUAACUGUAGAAUGUGUUGUUACAAUCAAGAAAUGGGAGUUUAACUUAAAAAAAUCAGCACAAAAAAAGCCAGGAGGCUAAAUUGGUUUACUGUAUAUAGGAUGCCAUCUUCAUAUAUGAAAUUAACAAUAUGUAAAAGGCCAGACAUAUGAGGUCUGGCUUAUAGUUCUGUUCAAAUAAAACAAAUUCCUGUUGUCUUCAACAGAUAAGCCGUUGGGCACACAACUGAUUUUAAAAAAAUGUUUCAGAAAUGUAAUGAUGUUUAACCAAUUAAUGCCAGCAACAGUUCCCCCUGUCCCUCCCCGCUCUAAGGCAAGUGCAACAAGCACGUUGCUCAUGUUGCACAUGACAUGUUUGAUCUGUUCCAUGGUGUUGUAUAUUAAUUAACACAUUUUUACCCACGGCUUUUUAUAUAACUUCUGGAUUGUAAGCAUUAGUGUCUCGGGGCAUCACAUUGUUUUGAUCAGUGUUUGAUUUUUUUUCUAUAUCAAUUUUGUAUGUCAAUACAAAGGGUGCUCAAAGUGCCCAACGCAUCCCUGCUACUCCAUAACCAAAACUGGUUUCUGUUUCCCUCUGCAUUUUACCUGUUCAGAAUCCAGGCAGGGGGAAGUGACUGAUGUCAGGGUAUUUCCGAGGAAGGCAGUGAUGCCCCGUGUGUUGAUAGAAAGGAACUGCUCAUGUGCUACUGCCUGUGCCUGAGAACUGCAGGUGGGUUCUAGCUUAGGACAAAGGUGAUCAGUUUGGUAGCAUUUGGUUAAAAAUGUUCAACAGAUCUCAGAAAUAAUUGCCUUCAAAGCUAAGAUAGCAUUUUAAAAAGGAGCUAAAUGUUAUUUUUCAGAUUUUAACAGGAUCAAAUAAUUUCUAGCUAACUUUGUUCAGCACACCUUGGUUUCUAAGGAUCUGAAUUUUAGAAUAGAAAAAAUCUGCCCAUUUAUUUUGUGAGAGUAGCAACAGCCAGGUAAGUAUAUGGCUGUUUCCUGAUUUCUUUCUGCCUCUCACUGAUGUUUGUCUGUGCUGUCACUGCUCUAUCAAUCAGCCAUGUUCAUUCUGCUCCCAUGUAGGUUUGGGGGUUACAGGUCCAGCAGUUUUUGCAUUUUGCUUUUUGCAGUUUAACACAAAGCAGCAUGUCAGAGAGUUCUGCUGAACUAGGCUGUUAUUAUUAUUUCAGACUCUCUAGGAUAACAAAACACAGAAUUCUGUGCAAAAGCAGUGUAUUGUGGUACCUACUCCAGGUCUGAACAAAUCAUCUGCAGUAGAACAGUCCCUUGGAAAUGCUACAAACUCUGUUCACCAGUUAAUAAAUGUUGAUUUUGUUUUAUUUUUUGCUAAUAAGUAAACAAACAUAUCGUGAACAACUUUUCAGUGGGAUCUCCUUAGACAUGUUACUCCAUUAGUUCUGCUCAACUUUCAGCUCCUGGCCUGUUAUUAAAUGUUACAUUUAUUUUUGUAUAAACUAUACUCUUUAUAUCCCUUAGUUUUUAUGAGUUGAUAAUUUUAUUUUGUAUAUUUUAAGCAUGGCUAAUUUUGUUUUAAGUCCUGUAUUGUUACACUAAAAAUCUUCCAAUGUUCAGCUUCAGAAGAAAAUAACAAGAGGUCUCUUGUAGCAGUUAGCAGCGCCACUCACUUAGACUGUGACCAACAAUCAUUAAAUCUGCUCUAGAGCUUAGUGAUCCUUUAUUUUGUACACCAAUGUAAUCAGAAAAAGUUGCUGAAUUUCGUAUGUGUGUGGUGGAACAGCUGUCCCAAGUACUGCAUUGUUUUGUUUAAAAUACUCUGAUUUCAGUAAGCUUACCUGUAAAAUGCUGUUGUCCAGCUCACGUGUUCUGUACAAGGCAUGGUCAGCACAUGCACAUCCACGGGCUUGUCUAAAGGGCGUCACAAACAGCAAGAUCUCAAGCAGUUCAUCAGAAAAAGAAAAACUGUGAAACUUGAAAUCCACAUAGGACGCUUCACAAGGGUGAAGUAAGCUUUUCUGUUGCACAGGAGAGGUGAAUCUAAGGAUUACUGUAAAAUGAAAUUCUGUCUAAUGUUCUUUUUUUGAGUACAUUUUUUAAAUUAUAAAACAUACAAAGGUAAAAAAAGAAAACUGUUGCCAAGUAUGUUCUGUGUAUGUUCUGUGAAAGUACCUACAGCACAGUUGCCUUUUGUUUCAUUUAUACGUGUAAAAUUACUGUAUAAUACGACACAGUUUUGUCCCAACACAACUGUAUUUGCCAAGCUUUGUGCUUUGAAAUAUUUUUAUUUAUUUGGUUUUGGGCAGUAUUAAUAUAUCAUAAACAUAUAGCUACUGUUUUAUAUAUUCUAGUUCAUCCAAUCCAUGUAUGCUGUAAAUGUGCUAGUCUUUAGGAUGACAACCAAUAAAGAACUGACAAGAAUAACAAA